GUGAAGCUUCGAGAAGAGCCGCAACGCAAUAUGUCAGCCAUUCACUAAUGCAGUGCCCGAACCUUUUAUUCUCUGGUGCUUCUUCGCGUCGUUCGCCAUUAACACCCCUUCCUGGGCUUCAGUCCACGAAUCAACCAUGUCUUCACCACCGCCUGAGCCGGCGGAGCUGAGCUGGUCCUCGCAGUACACGGUCACACACGCCUCCCGGAACACACAAUUACCUGGCGACAAGAUUCUGCUUCCCCCCUCCGCACUAGAGCAGCUGCUUGCCGCAGCUCCCAUUACCACUAUCGACGAGGACCGGCCCCACAUCACCGCUUUCGACCCAUACAAUCCAUACACUUUCGCCGCCGAGCGACAAGCGCGGUCGCAGUACCAAGAUCGGCACCAACAGCUACCUCACCCGCUUACGUUUCGUCUUGUAAACCCACAUAAUGGUAGAGUGGUCUACGCGGGCAUCCGAGAGUUCUCGGCGAGAGAGGCCGAGAUCGUGCUCAGCAGUUUCUUGAGGGAAGCUCUGGGGCUCGAAACAACGUCUGCCCAGGCGUCGCGGAAGGGCAGUCCGGAUGGCGAUACCGACAUGGUCAACGGAAUUGAGCAACUAGGGGUGAAUGGCACAGCUUUAGCACAGAUAACGGUGCAUGCCAAACAGCUACCCAAAGGGACCUUUGUCAAGCUGCGGCCUCUCGAAGCAGGCUACGACCCCGAGGACUGGAAGUCGCUACUCGAGGAACAUCUACGGUCGAAUUUUACGACUUUGACAAAUGGCGAGGUUCUGGUGGUCUACGGCGGCCGAGGAGCUGGUGGCAAGCGCGAAGAGUUCCGCUUCUUAGUGGACGGAUUCAAGCCGGAAGGAGAUGGUAUAUGCGUUGUGGACACAGACUUGGAGGUUGACAUUGAAGCGCUGAACGAGGAGCAAGCUCGUGAGACGUUGAAGAGAAUAGCUGAAAAGAGACGACGAGCACCAGGAACAGCUGAGGGAAGUUCUGCAGGCGGAAGGAUUGAUAUCUUCAGAGGCCAGGAUGGCCGAGUCCUGGAGGGAGAGUAUGUGGACUAUGAGUUGUCGUCGUGGGAUCGGUCUCAAGGCCUCGAGAUUACACUAAGCGACGUGGACGAUGAAGAUGAGGUUGAUCUGUUUGUCAGCCCAUAUUCUCCCCGACAACGAGCACGACCGAGGGAGGACGAGCACGUGUUCGCAGACUUCUCCAGCCGAUAUCCCAAGCGCAUCCGUUUACGGCCAACAAACGUUGAACUGGAGGAGGCAGAAGCUAUCAGAAUAUCAGUGCGCGCUUAUCCUUCAGAAUCACCAUCCGCUAUACCUAAGCCAUUCCAUCUUAAGGUAUCCAUAUUCGACCCAAAGUCUGAACCAGCUCUGGGCGACUCUGGUUCACCAGAAGCACCCCAUAAUGAGGGAGACGUGCAGUGCAAGAACUGCCAUCAAUGGCUGAUCCUCUGUCGCUUCUGCCAUCUCCAGGUCCCGCAAGAAGGCGAUCCUACAGAGCCUCCGAAUCCAGAACUACUACUCUCUGGGCUCACGCCCCAUGAGCUCGCAGACGGCGGCCGAACAACAGAGUGCCAUCUCUGCAACAAAAUCGUGCGCUUCCGCGACAUGGACACGCAUCUGCGUCACCACGAUCUAGAGCGCUUAUCCCGCCCCACACCACGCCUCUGCCGUAACAUAAACUGCGGACGCACACAAGACGGUGCAAAUAAGCUGGGUGAUACGCGCGCCGGAACGCGCAAAGGCCAAGGCCCGGGUAACGAGAUAGGGCUCUGCAGCGUCUGCUUCGGACCCCUCUACGUCUCUCUUCACGACCCCGAAGGAAAAGCAUUGCGUCGCCGUAUCGAGCGCCGAUAUCUCUCACAGCUACUCACCGGCUGCGGAAAGGCUUGGUGUAAAAACGAGUUCUGCCGGACUGGACGGAAGCAUAACGGUCAAGGCGACAAGCCCGUCCCGACUAAGGAUGCCAUCCCGCUCGUGAAGCCGUUCUUAGAAGGUAUGGAUGGACGAGGCUAUUCUACGCCGCUGCACUUCUGCACGGAUGAAGGGAGCCAGCGACGGAGGACGUUGGCCGAGAUGCUGAGCGCGGAGAAGGGAAUCGAAGGAAAGGGUGGGUAUGCAUUGGAGUGGUGUGUUGCAGCGCUGGAAGCUGAGAACGGGGACUUGGAGAAGGCGAGGGCGUGGCUGAAAGGAUGGGCGCCGCAGAGGAGCGAGGCU